AUGGUGCGAGCACUCGUGUUCAUGGUGCAGGUUUGCCUGUGCUUUGGCCAGUCUUGCUGGAAUGGAUUUCCGGAUGGAAGAGUCUUUACUCCCGGCAUGCUGGUCUUGCCUAUGGGCCAAGAUGAGUGCACCACUACCACAACGGGAACGAUGACGGCCACCACUUCUACGUCAUCAACCGCCACCGUCUCUGUGACAAGUGUCACAACGACCAGUAUGACGGCUACCGCAACCACAACAACCAGCAUCACGGACACAACUGUAACAAGUACCAGCGUUACAGCAACAACGAUUACGACCACAGCGACCACUGUCACGGCCACGACGGUGACAACAACAAGCAUUACAGCCACAACUGUAACAAGUACCAGCGUUACAGCAACAUCAGUUACGACCACAGCAACCACUAUCACAGCCACAACUGUGACAACAACAAGCAUUACAGCCACAACCGUGACAACGACCAGUGUUACAGCAACAACAACUGUUACCACAUCAACCAGUGUCACAGCCACAACUGCAACAACCACGAGCGUCACUGCCACCACCGUUACUACCACAUCCGCCACUGUCACUACGACUACUCUCACUACGACCAGUCUCACUACAACCAGUCUCACUACCACCAGUCUGACGGCGACCACAAUUACCACCACAGCUACCACACAGACAACCACAGCUACCACAAAAACAGAGACCAUGACAUCAUCGACCAUCACGGCAUCGAUGACAUCUACCGCGACCACUACGACGACCCUCAUCUUGGGCUGCAGCACGCCAUUCCAGGUGAAUGGUACCGGGGAGGAGUUCCAACAGAUCGACAGAGCUGCGAGUUCAAGCUGCGAUGGGUUGAGCGAGUCCUCGUUCUGCAAUCUUGCCAUUGGUGCCGGGGAUGCCUCAUCAUUGUCUGGCUGCCUGGUGGCUGGACAGUAUGAGUGGUUCUGUCCCAAGAAUCUGGUCACAACAGAUUUGUAUGCUGCACAACCCUACAUCCAAUGCCGUGCUUGCAGCGGCUCAUAUGUGGACACCGAUGACAAACUUGGAGAUUUCAGCGGCAUGUUGACCUUCGGCCCGAACAUGAAGAAUGGCAGUGUGGAUGAGACCAUGGUGGACUUCUACGUCGCCUUCGCAGCGGAUGAUUGUGGUCACCUUCAUCGCUCCAGUCCGCUUGCGAUUGUCUUGAAGUCCUUGCCGAAUUCUGAGUGCUGCGAGCACUCGAAGUACUCCGUGGAGCUCAACUUGACCAACUUCAGUUUCACGCAGCUCGUGGUGGUCCCCGGCGCGGUGAAUGCCGGUGUACCAUCUUUUCUUGAUGACGGCCUGGUGAUCCCCUUGAUUGAUUUGACCACUACAACAACCUCGACCGUCACAGCUACCACGACUGUGACCAUGACCCAGACGACAACAAGCACCAUCAUCGUAGAUGAUGCUGCACUUUCCGGCUCCUCGAAGAUGGAACUGGGAGCUUUCCUGGGAGCCGCAGUUCUGCUUUCGCUGAUGGCAUGA